AUGGAACUUUCCUUCCUAACAGCUAUCAAGCAAGAACUAUGGGUAUUCCUGAUCCCUGCCCUCAUGACCCUGAUCUUACUCGCACUCUUCCUGGAAGAAAUGGGCUUCUUCCUUCGAAACACUGUCUCCACCAAGCGGCGGUGCCUCUACCUUUGGAUCUUGGGAAUAUACCCGAUAUUCAGCACAACGUCACUUAUUGGCAUGUAUAUUCCUCGAUCAGGAUCUGUGUGUAACUUUGUGGCCUCACUGUAUCAUUCAAUCACAUUAUGGAAGUUUUUGAGAUUAAUCACUGACUUCUUUGGUGGCAAGCUUCAGAUGCUGCAACAAUUGGAGGGACAGAAAGUCAGUCCCAACCCCUUCCCUUGUUGUUGUUGCUGCUGUCUCCCUCUUAUCUCUGUCAAUAGGUGUAAUCUGAGAUGGAUGACUUUAGCAGUGUUCCAGCUAUCAAUUGUGAGGACAAUCCUAUUCUUUCUAUGCUUGGUUUUAUGGACAGAUGAAAAAUAUGACUAUGGAGACGCUGACUACACUGACCCAAAUGUGUACAUAAAUGCUGUCAUUGGUGUGUCCACUUUUUGUUCCUUCUACGGCUACCUGCUCUUCUACAAGGCCACAAAGAAUGCCCUGACUGGCUAUGGAUUACGGUCUAAAUUUAUCUGCAUUAUUGUGAUACUGGUACUCUGCGGCCUACAAAGUGGUAUCCUGGAGACAAUGGCUGCAGUAAAUGUCAUUCCAUGCUCACCUCCAUUCUCAAUCAUCAUGCGCUCACAGAUUAUUUAUCACUAUGCAAUAAUUGUAGAGAUGUUUUUCAUUGGCUUAUUUGCCCGUUACUGCUUUCGGAAAGUGGAACCCAGUGCAGAAAGAACUAACACAGACAAGUCCUGUCCUUCAUCUUCCUCCUUUUCUUCCAUAAGACCUAAAGUCAACAAGUCCAUCCAGACAGAUUAUGUUGAACUGGACAGACCAGGAUUUUCAGACACAGAUGAUAUUUCAUGGGGCAUCAAUCAGGGCUACCACAGUGAUAGCGAGGACAGCCUCUGCCGGAUAGAACAUGCUCCACUGGACAAGUUUGAUUUUGGUCCUGGACUUGCAUUCCGAAUGAACAAUUUUCACAUGUCCUCUUCAAAGAACUCCCAGCCUGAUCCUAAACCUGUGAAUUGGAAAGUUAACUUACCUCAGACCGUUCCUGCACAGAACAACGCAACCUUGGAGGCAAACUGUAUCCAAGUCACAGCUGAGGUCCACUGUAAGGAUACAAAUGAGAUCACUGUUGUAUAG